AUGACUGAUUUUUCUUCGAUUCACGACUCGGUGCUGAUUGCCGCGCGAGAUGCCGUUCUGCAAAAGCAGGCAGGCAAUACCCUGGAUGGGAAAGUGGCUAUCGUAUCAGGAUCAAGUUCGGGAAUAGGUAAAUCGAUUGCUGUCGAAUUAGCAUCUCGAGGCGCAUCGGUGGUCAUCAAUUACCCUCUGCCAAACCUGGAGGGCGAAGCAAAUGCUGUGUUGGAAAUUCUCCCAACACCGUCAAGAGCCGUCUGUGCGGACAUGGGUUCAAAACAGGGCCCUGCUCGAGUGGUGGAAGCGGCCGUCGAAGCGUUUGGCAAGAUCGACAUCAUAGUCAACAAUGCAGCCAUCGCUGUCAACAAACCGUUUGAGGAGCAAACGCUGGAUGAAUGGGACCUACUGGUCAACAUCAACGGGCGAGGAGUCUUCCUGCUUACCCAGGCCGCACUACCGCACCUCACACAACCUGGAGGCAGGAUCGUCAACGUCUGCAGUGCAUCGUCGCGAGCACCUCCACCCAUGCAGACCAUCUACGCGGGGACGAAAGGCAUGGUGGACAGCUUUACUCGUUGCUGGGCCAAGGAGCUCUCGCGGAAAUAUGGAUGUACGGUGAAUGCUGUCAGCCCAGGACCAACACGGACCGAAGGGUUUGCGGCAGCUGGACCAGAAGUCAUGAAGAUCUUGCAGCCGAUAAUCGACAGUAUUCCAGUUGCUCCUCGAAUGGCAGAAGCUUCAGAGAUUGCAUACGCGGUUGCAUUUCUGUGCGAAGAGCGGGCGAGAUGGAUCAACGGAGUGCAUCUCCAUGCGAACGGUGGCCUCUUUGUGGACUAA